GCGGUGCAGGGCCCUUCCGGGAGCCGGGUUGCAAAACUGGCUUUGCAGAGACGCUGCCGCCAUUGCUUUCAUUUGCUGUACUCUGAUUGCUGCCGCAGGGAGCUGUGAGGGGGCCAUGGUGGAGCAGAGAAUUCACGACAUGAAUGCAGUGACCUAUGAUGAUGUGCAUAUUGACUUCACUUGGGAAGAAUGGACUUUGCUUGAUCCCUCCCAGAAGAAUCUCUACAAAGAUGUGAUGUUGGAGACCUACAGGAACCUUACCACUGUAGGAUACAGCUGGGAAGACCAUCAUAUUGAAGAACAUUGUAAAAGUUCUAGAAAACAUGAAAGGCAUGAAAGAAUUCCUACUGGAGAGCAACCUUCUGAAUCUACUCAAUCUUUUACAGCCUUUGCUCAUCACUGUACUUCUCAAAGGCAUAAAACAACACAUACUGGAGAGAAACAGUAUGAAUGUGAUCAGUGUGGUAAAGGCUUUGUGUAUUACACUAAUCUUCAAAGUCACAAAAGAACACAUACUGGAGAAAACACUUAUGAAUGCAAUCAGUGUGGUAAAGCCUUUGCAGACCAAAGAAGACUCCAUAUACAUAAAAGAAUACAUAUUGGAGAGAAGCCCUAUGGUUGUAAUCAGUGUGAUAAAGGAUUUUCACAACUCAGUGUUCUUCAAGUGCAUAUGAGAACACAUACUGGAGAGAAACCCUAUGAAAGUAAUCAGUGUGGUAAAGACUGUUCACAAUUUAGUCAUCCUCAACUGCAAGAAAGAACACAUACUGUUGAGAAAGCCAAUGAAUGUAAUCAGUGUGGUAAAGUCUUUGCACGUCCCAGUGAUCUCAAAAUGCACAAAAGAACACAUACUGGAGAGAAACCCUAUCCAUGUAAUCAUUGUGGUAAAGCCUUUGCGCGUCAUAACAGUCUCCAACUGCACAAAAGAACACAUACAGGAGAGAAACCCUAUGAAUGUAAUCAGUGUGGUAAAGCCUUUGCAAAUCAAAGAAGACUCCAAAUACAUAAAAGAAUACAUACUGGAGAGAAGCCCUAUGGUUGUAAUCAGUGUGGUAAAAGAUUUACACAAUUCAGUGUUCUUCAGGUGCAUAAAAGAACACAUACUGGAGAGAAACCCUAUGAAUGUAAUCAUUGUGGUAAAGGCUUUUCACAAUUCAGUCAUCUUCAACUGCAUGAAAGAACACAUACUGGAGAGAAACCCUAUGAAUGUAAUCAGUGUGGUAAAGGUUUUGCACGCCCCAGUGGUCUCCAAAUGCACAAAAGAACACAUACUGGAGAAAAACCGCAUGAAUGUAAACAUUGUGGUAAAGCCUUUGCUACUCACAACAGUCUUGGAAUGCAUAACAAAACCCAUACUGGAGAGAAACCUUAUGAAUGUAAUCAUUGUGGUAAAGCUUUUACUCAGCACUAUAUUCUUCAAAGGCAUGAAAGAACACAUACAGGAGAGAAACCGUAUGUAUGCAAUCAGUGUGGUAAAGCCUUUGCACGUCACAGUGGUCUUGAAAUGCACAAAAGAAUACAUACUGGAGAGAAACCCUUUGAAUGUAAACAAUGUGGUAAAGCCUUUGCCCGUCAGAGUAGUCUCCAAAUGCACAAAAGAACACAUACUGGUGAGAAACCCUAUGAAUGUAAUCAGUGUGGUAAGGCCUUUGCAGAACAUAGAAGUCUCCAAAUACAUAAAAGAACACAUACCGGAGAGAAACCUUGUGAAUGUAAUCAGUGUGGUAAAGCCUUUGUAUGUCAUAAUCAUCUCCGAAUACACAAAAGAACACAUACUGGAGAGAAACCCUAUGAAUGUGAUCAGUGUAGUAAGGCCUUUGUAAGUUCUAGUCAUCUUCGAGUACACAAAAGAACACAUACUGGAGAGAAACCUUAUAAAUGUACUCAGUGUGGAAAUGCCUUUACCCUUCGAAGUCAUCUUCAAAGGCAUACAAGAACCCAUAGUAGAGAGAAACCCUAUGAAUGUAAACAGUGUGGUAAAGUCUUUGCUCAUUACAGUUCUCUUCUAAGGCAUAAAACAACACAUACUUGAGGCAAAUCCUUUGAAUUUUAUCUCUGUGUUAAAGCCUUUAUAUAUCACAGUGAUCUUCAAAGGCAUAAAAGAACCCAUACUAGAGAUAAACCCUAUAAAUGGGAUACGUGUGGUAAAGGCUUUGCAUGUCAUAUUAAUAGAAUAUAUAAAAAAACACAGACUUGAGCAAAACCAUAUGAAGGUUGUCAAUGUAAUAAAACCUUGGCAUGUUUUGGUAGUAUUAGAAAUCACAAGUAAAACUCAUAGAGAAACACUAUGAAUGUAGUCAUGAAAAAGUUUUGCUCUUCAUACAGGAGUAAAACUUUUUGUCUGCAAUCAAUCUGUUAAAGCCUUUGAGUAUUACAAUAGUCUUUGAAUAAUUGAAAAAAAUACUGAGGCCUUUUUAUUAUAAAUCAUUUGAUAAGAUCUUUAGCCAACACCCUUACCUUCCGUUACACAAGAAUCGAGAGUGUCAAGCAUUAUGAUGUCUGUGUUUAUAUUGUUGAACCUGAAACCAUGGGAAAAUGAAUUCAUGAAGCCUCAUGAAUUUCAAUGAUAACAUAACUCUUAGAUUUAGAUUUACAUUUCAUACUUCUCUUCAAUUAUAUUUAAUAAGUAGUUCAGUUGUAAAACUUUAUGGAUUUGUAUUAGUGCCUUUUCUGCUUUUGUUAUAUAAUGUCUACGUCAGCUUGUAAAAAGAGUUUAGUUUGGCCCUUGGUUCCAGAGGGAUACAGAAUCACCAUGAAAGUGGCAUGGCAACAGGUAUUGGACAUGGCAUCCUAAGUAGGAAGCUAGGAACUUGUGUCAUCCACCUACAGCAUGAAGUAGAGAUUGGGAAGUGGAAAUGAUGUGCAGAAAUUCUCAAAGCCUUCCACCAGCAAUAUAUUUCCUCCAGCAGGGCAGCAUUCCCAAAAUCUCCUCAUAUGAUAACACCAGCUGAAAAGGAUUGAUAACUCUGACUUGAAUCCUGAAUUCUUGUUUUCUGUUAAUGAACCUAUUCAUAUAGUCAAAAAACUCUGUAAGUAACCCUUUAGAUGCCUCAACACCUAAGUUAAGGAAAUGAAUGCUUAAAACAGAAAGCUUCCAUGAUUAAAAAACUGUUUCAAUUUCAAUUAUGUGAUGCCAGUGUGUGCUUGUGUGUGUAUGUGUAUGCUGAUUCCCAAGAAGAUUAGACCUUUGGAUCUUCUUGUAGCAGGAAUUUUAGGAAGUUGUCCCAAAUUGGACCCUGGUCCUGGGAUUGAAUUUUUCGUAACUCUCUAGCCAGGUCUCUAUCCUGGCAAAUAUUAAAAAGCCUAUUUACAUCAUUUUGAUGUCAGGAAAUAGGGACAAACUUAAGAGAAAAACCCUGUGUAAAUGAUUUGAUAAAGACUUCAGACAUCACAGUUGUCUUCAGUAUCAUGGAAAAAAACCCUUUUUUAUUUCUUUUUUGUCAUUGUCUUUGUUUUUUUAGAAUUUUUUUUUUAAACUUUAUGUGCAUUGGUGUGAGGGUGUCAGAUCUCCUGGAAGUGGAAUUACAGACAGUUGUGAAAUGCCAUGUGUGUGCUGGGAAUUGAACCUGGGUCCUCUGGAAGAGCAGCCAGUGGUCUUAACCGCUGGGCCAUCUCUCCAGCCCCCUCAUCAUAGUCUUGAAGUAAGUACAUUACCAUGUUCACUCAAGACUGCCAGUGGAGAUCAUUACCUUUUGAUUUUUAUUUUGAAACAUUUAUGGUAUUUACUGAUGUGUGCUAUAUGUGUGGCAAAUCCAUUUAAUGAAGUUUAUUUUGUUACCCUUAUAUUCUUUCUCUGGAAUUUUUUAACUUCUCUUGUGCUUUUACUUAGUAAUAGGUAUUUUCUGUUUUAAUGGAUGAAUGGGAUGCCCUUCAUCUAAGUCGUCCAUUGUUUAUAUAAAUAUCAGGCAAUGUUUGAUAAUACUUUUCAAGUAAGUGUGUGUGUGUGUGUGUGAGAGAGAGAGUGAAAGGCUGGUGGGUAGUUGUUCCUGCUUUUGUUUCUUUCAUAUUUUCACCAAUUCACUUGAGAUUUUGUUGUUUGUUAUUCAGCCUGGCUUGGAUGUCAGUAAUUACUCAGUCCAAGGGUAGAUGAUAUACUCCCAAUGAGUGCUAUUUUGUAAACACUAUAUAACAGUGUUAAUGUUAAAAUGAGACUGUAAGAAACAUUAAAUACCUCAUGUGUUUUUAAGCUGUAUUUUCUUUUAUCUGAUAGAGAUGUAAUAAAUGAGAAUAAUCAAUCAAAUGUGUAUCAAAUAUCAUACAUUGUUGUGCUAUGCAGAUAUAUACAUUUAUGCAUAUGUGUAUAUAUAUGUAUAUAAUGUAUAUUCCAUUCUUAUUCCUGUCCCCAUUAGUUAACCACUUGGCAUUUCAUCUUGAAGUACUGCCUUUGCCUUCUAAGGGAUUUCUCGAGAGAUGCCAGAUAAUAUAAUAGCAAUAAGAUAUGUUUUUAACAAACAUUGAUAGUAUGUGUUUAAUGUGAUUAUGGCUUUGUGAGCCAUGGCAGAAUAGCAUUGGGAGGGCUCCUGGUCACUAAAGCAGUCACCCCAAGUUUAUUCUUCAUGGGAUUUUUAUCCAUCAGCAAAGAGAGAGGCAAAAGACUGUAGAUGUAAUUCAGUUUAGAUGUAGCCAACGGUUUUAUCUGACAAGAAACACAGAGCCAAUUCAGAGAAGAAAGCCAAGAGGUCAGAGCCAAGAGCCUCACCCUUCCUGAUUCAGGGAUCCUCCUCAGCCAAGAGAGCUCUCCGAAAGAGAGCCCUACUUCCUGUGUGUCUGUCUCUAUAGUCUCCUUGUUCUGGCUUCUCAUUGGUUGUAAACCCAAUCAUGUGACUGCCUCGUCACUGCCUGUAUGUACCGCCCUCCAGGUCCUUAAAGGUGUACGCCACCACUGCCACGCACUUGCUAUGGCUCUAAUAGCUCUGACCCCCAGGCAACUUUAUUUAUUAUACCACCACAUUUCCCCUUUUCUAAUUUAAUAAAAAAGAAAAAAAAGAAAAAGGUUAUAACUAACAAAAGAAAAACUACAUACAAAAGUACAAUAACUAUACACAAUAUAUACAAGUAAUAAAUGUCUAAAUAAUUUCUAGUCCAUUCUUCUUGGCUGUGUAUAUAUGGCUUCAUCUCAGCAUCCCGAUCUUCACAUCCCACUGUCAAAUGCCAUAUUCUGUAGAUCUCCGAAGGGUUUGAAGAUGACCUGUCUAAAAUAUAUCUGCUCAAUUUUUAAAACAUAUCUAAUAUGACUACAAGUUCCAUUGUAAUGUCUAACUACUAACUCAUUUCUCUAUAUCCUAAUAGUUGGUAAUAAUAACAUUCAAGGAUCAGAAAAUUGCAUUGUUAAAUGAACGGUAUAAGUACAAUUAGAAAUAUACAUAUAGCAUUUUCUAACAAUAUCAAUUCCAACAUAUAUAACUUGUAUACAAUAUAAAACAAUCCAAUCCAAUGUAAAAUAUUUAAAACUAGUAAUUGUCUUUUUCUUCUUCUUUCUUUCUUUCUCUCUUUUUUUUAAACAAGAACCUUAAAUCUAAUCUCCUUUGCUUAGCCUUUUUCCUAACCCUUGACAACAACUUGCAACCAACCCCCUAAACAAGGAAAAUUAUCCCAGACCCAAAACCCAUUAAAAAGACCAAAAACCACCUGCCCCACACCACCUCUUUGGGAAUGUGGACGUCGUAUCCUUAAAAUUGCUUCCUGCUGGGUAUGGGCGAAGUUAUCUUUAUCCUGAAAGAAAAAUUUUAGGUUAAUUGUCAAAUUCUAGGAAAGGUAACCAUAUCCUUCAUUAUCCAGUCUGUGUAUAAUGCCAAAGUUCAGGGUUUAUCUCAAGUCCUUAUUCAAGUAGUCUUUGAGACUGGAUCAUCUCAGCUAGUCAUCUCAAAAUUACUCUGAGCACCUUGUAGUUCAAAGCUGAUCAGUUGUCUCAUUUGUCCAGUGCUCUUCAGAUUCCUUAACCUUCAUUCUCCUAAAAGACAAAACCAAAAACCUUUCCCCAAGACUAAUUUUGGGGAUGUUCCUUUUUGGCAAGUUAUUAUCUGAUUAAAUGAAAAGACAUGCAUUACUGGUAUAAGUUAGUUUAAAUUGGAUGUUCAUGUUGGUUGAUGAACUAUCACCUCCUCUAAUUAAGAGGUUUCUAUUGUUCAAAUCGAACCUUUAUCAAUUUUGAUGGUACCCACGACUUAUCUUCUCCUGUAGAAGCAAAAGCAAAACCUCGUCCCCAACGUAACACAUACCCUGGUUUCCAUUCUGAGGUCAGCACAUCCUUAAAGUAUAUAGGCUGAUUUAAUUCUGUAGUUUUUUCUAUUAUCCAAUGUCUCUCUGCAGCUGUUGUUCCUUUCUCAUUGGCAUUAAGAAAAUUCAAAGUUAAUAGAGCAUUAUGCAGUCUGUUUCUGGGGGUUUUUGUUACCCCUUUCUGUUUAUUUAGCAUAUCCUUUAGAGUUCUGUUUGAAAUAGAAGUUUGCUAAAAAAUUUUCUUUAUGUUUUUUCCUGAAUUUUCUAUUCUCUCUGUUUCAUCAUCCUGACCAGCAUGACUUAUUCCAAUAGGCAUUUGGUUAUUUAAUUGCUCUGAGUAGGGAUUUCCUCUACGACUGCAGGAAUGGUUUGAACUGGAUUUGCUAUUGGGGCCUGCAUGAGGCCCCUCUGGGAGUUUCCCGAAGACUGAGGCAAAGGAUUACCCUGUCUGUCCCUUGUUGAUCUACAUUCAUUGGUCCAGUGUUUUCCCUUACCACACCUUCUGCAUACUCCAGAAGGAAGGGGCAGUCUGUUGCCAUUGUUCCUUGAGGAAACAUUGUUUCUAGGAAUGACCUGUUUACAGUCCCUUUUCAAAUGUCCUUGCUUUCCACAUCCAAAACAUCUUACAUUCCUCAAACCUUUUGAAAUUGCUUCUCCUACCCACGUAUCAUCAUGCUCAUGAGUUUCAACAUUAACCGUGUCUCUAAUCCAAUCUUCCAAAGGUGCAGAUCUUGCCUUUAACGGCCUGAUUAUUGUUUUGCAUGCUGCAUUCGCAUUCUCAAAAGCCAAAGUUUCAAUUAUUAUCUUACCAGCUUCUGAAUCCGGGACCAUUCUCUUUACUGCUGAAGCCAGGCUUUGUAAAAAAUCUGUGAAAGAUUCUUUUGGGCCUUGUACAACCUUUGUAAAUGACUCAGUUUUUUUUUCCUGGUUCCUCAACUCUGUCCCAUGCAUUCAAGGCUGCUGUUCGACAUAAAAUUAAGGUUUGGACAUCAUAUAAACAUUGUGCUGGUGCUGAAGCAUAUUGACCUCCAAUAAGCUGAUCCUGGCAGACUUGUAUUCCUUUAUCCCUCCACUGUUUUUCUAUGUUUUUAGCUUCAUCCUUGAACCAAGUUAGCCACUGAAGCCUUUGACUGGGUUCCAGAACAGCUUGUGCCAGCUCCCGCCAAUCCUGUGGUACAAUCCUAUUAUAUGUUGACCAAGAGUUUAACAUUCGCUUUACAUAUGGAGAAUGCAUGCCAUAAGAUACUAUUGCCUCCUUAAACCUUCGUAAAUCUAACAUUUCGAUUGGAGCCCAAAUAUUUUGUGUAGUCAUUUGAUCAGGCAACUGCUGUACGGUUACUGGACAAACUAAGGGUGACUGUGUGAAAACAGGCUUUCUUUCUGUAACCCUAUGAUCCAAUCUUGAAGCAACUUCACUGUUAGUUUCUUCUGUCUGAGUUUUUACAGGUGUAUCAAAUUUUUCUAAAGCUGUCACCCUGGCACUUAAAUUGACUAUCUUCUUAAAUAGUAAAAUAAGAAUAAAUAUAGUAAUAAAAUGCAUAAUUCUAUCAACAUUAAUCUUCUCAUAUAGCUGUUUCAUUGUCAGACUGUCUAAAAUUGUAAACAAGGCCCAAUUUUCUUCCAAUGAACACAGAAAGCCCUUUUUUUUUUUAAAAUGUGAAGAAAAAAUUCUCUGUUAAAUAGUUUCCUUUAAAAUAUUGGAUAACUAAGUCCUCGUAGAACAGUACAAAUCCGAGGGAAUUUCAAAACAGCCACCUAGUGUCCGAGGUGUGAAUCCAGCUCAGCAGUUAAAUGGUUUUUAACGGAUUCUUGUCACGUUGGGCGCCAAAUGUAGAUGUAAUUCAGUUUAGAUGUAGCCAACGGUUUUAUCUGACAAGAAACAGAGAGCCAAUUCAGAGAAGAAAGCCAAGAGGUCAGAGCCAAGAGCCUCACCCUUCCUGAUUCAGGGAUCCUCCUCAGCCAAGAGAGCUCUCCGAAAGAGAGCCCUACUUCCUGUGUGUCUGUCUCUAUAGUCUCCUUGUUCUGGCUUCUCAUUGGUUGUAAACCCAAUCAUGUGACUGCCUCGUCACUGCCUGUAUGUACCGCCCUCCAGGUCCUUAAAGGCGUAUGCCACCACUGCCACACACUUGCUAUGGCUCUAAUAGCUCUGACCCCCAGGCAACUUUAUUUAUUAUACCACCACAAAAGACUUCCCCUUUUCAAAGACACAAUGGCUCAAAGUACAAACAAGUGUAAACACCCCCUUAAUUCUCAAAAUAUCUAGUAUCCACUCCUUAUGGAAAAACAUACUGUAAUUAGGCCUAGAAGUAUAAUACACCUGGUAACCAUGCCUUUGGCCAAAACAUCCUAUUAUUCAACCAUAUGGGGCAAAACAAGCAUAGCAUCCCUGACCUUGAGCCAAAAUUAAAUAAGGUCACACUAUGGAGACUCUGUGGCCCUUACAUCAUUUCUGCCUCUAAGCCCUGAGAUAUUCCCAUCACUGUUUUCUAAUUAAUGGCCUCUUUUUACUUUAACAGCAGUUACUGUUUGAAUGUGACCUAUGUUUAGCUGACGGACUUCCUAACUAGGAAGCAAAGGGUUGGCUUUACUAGUCACUGACUAUGUAAUGGAAUUAUGGAUACAAGGGACACCAUAUCUUGGAAUGGGAAAUUGAAUUGCUCUGACAAACUGGAAGACUUUCUACAAAAUAGAAAUUUAAUCACACUAGAGCCCUCUCUGCCCCUAGAAUGGAAGGGCUGAACUGGGAAGGCUUAUACUGACUCAAUCAUUAGAUUUCUGUUCAUCUAGUAGAGAAGCUGCUAUUGUCCUGAGACCCAACAGGGUGAUACUAGCUAUUGAGGGUCUAUGGGCAAGCUUAGCAAUAAGGAGCACCAGUGGGAGGUAUAUUUGUGUUUUUGUUUGUUUGUUUGUUUGUUUGUUUUUCUAGAGUUCUUCUCUGGUGUUGCUUUAGGGAGCUAUGAGGAUCACCAUAAACCAUGAUAUGGUGAGUGGGGAGUACAUGGUAUUCUGUGCAGGAUAAGCAUGUUUGCUGCCCUAUCAGAUAUACUGGAGUUAAAGGCCCAUGAGACAGUCUAGUUCUGUUGGUCCAUGUGUUGACUUGGCAAGUGGCCCUUGAACUUUAAGCCUCCCUGUGUGUGCAUUCCCUAGGGACAGGGAGGCUGUGCAAACAUGUCCAUUGAAGAUGUGUUGUUUAAAGUAUCACUCUCCAGUGUGUACACAUAGGCAUUGCCUUUGGUGUGCAGUAGGAAGACAGAUUGAAAAACUGAAGGUCUUGUGUGUAGAAAUUCUCAACAUUGCAUUCCACAUUCAGUUUUACAUUAUAAGCCAUCAUUCAGAAAUAUUUGUUUAGAAUGCUUUAACUUUCCUCUAUCACCAGCCACAAUGGCAUGAUUCAGGGAAAUUAAAUUCCAGGGAACAAAUGGAAUUUCUGAGCUGUGAAGGUAUCUUUGGUGUUUAUGGGGUUGGGCAGGUGGGUAGGCCAGAUUCCACAUUUUGUGCAUUGAUCUAUAUGUCAGGAAGCACACAUUCUUCAAAUUUGUUUUGGUGUUUUGACAUCAGUUAGUUUAGUUUUUGCCUAAAACCACAAUGGGGAAUAAAGGGAUACAUGGCUAUAGCCAACCUUUUUGAUCCACUUCAAUUUCCAGAGAGAACUCUUAGAGCAUGGGACCUCUCUAUUUGGAAGAGGAAUCAGUAGUAGCUGGAAGAUCAAAAAUAUAGCAGUUUAGGCAUCACUUUGAGUUACUAUUGUGGGAGUUGUGAAGUAUAUGUUUAUUUAAUUUCUAUACACAUAAAAUCAUAAGUAACAUUGAUUAAGUUCCUUUUUUUUUUUUUGUAAAUUUUUCUUGGUUCAGUUUCCUUAAGUCUUUUGAUGAAAGCUUGACUAUAUUUUUGUGGUUUUGAUUUUGACUUUUUCUCUAUCUCCUUAUUCUCUCAGAAAUAUUGUACACAUUCUUGAUUGUUGUAGAUUUGUGUUAGGUAUAAAAGUCACAUGUCAACAUGUGUACCUUUUUUUCCUUAAUCCUAUUGAGAAUUCUGAGUUUAUCUACAUGGAACAUAGCUUUGGAAUGGGCUUUCUGGUUAUAAGUUACUGGGAAUUUUCUGUGUAUUUUAUUAACUUUAUGCUCUAAAUUGAACAUACCCAACAUCUUUUUGUUGUUAUUGAUAAUAUAAUAGUGUUCUUUGCAAAACUAUAAAAUGGCAAAAGAUAUUAUUCUAUAUAAUCAUUUGUUUAGCAAACUACAGUAACUCUGACAAUGAAACUGAUUUGAAACAAUGAACAAAGACAUAGAAAGUGGGCUACAGUAGUUUCAUGACAUAGAAUGCAUUGUUAUGUUAUAAAAGAUAUCCUAUUGAGAUAGCAAAAAGAAUGAAAGUGAAACAUGCUCCAGAAUUUAUCAACGAAUAUGAGUGUGACAUGUGAUUGUACAGUAGCAUGCAAAGUAAAUUUUUUUUUUUUUUUUGGUUUUUCGAGACAGGGUUUCUCUGUGUAGCUUUGCGCCUCUCCUGGAACUCACUUGGUAGCCCAGGCUGGCCUCGAACUCACAGAGAUCUGCCUGGCUCUGCCUCCCGAGUGCUGGGAUUUAAGUCAUGCGCCACCACCAUCCGGCCUGCAAAGUAAAUUUUGAUAAUAGUAGUUUGGAAUUUUCUACAGAUAUCAACUAAAAUUAGCUAAAAUCAUGUUUCAUUGUAAUAGUUGAUAUAAAAUCACACAUAUUGUAUGUAUUCUGAUGCAUUUGGACACAUUACCUACACCCAGGCAACCCAGUUACUAAAACAACAGAAAACCAUGUUCUUCAGGCAUUCUCUUUCCAUGUGGUGAUGUGUGUUUAUAGUAUACAGAGUUCUCAUAAAAUGAUAGAAUUGCUAUGGAUUCCAGCAUUCUUCUCAAUAUAUUUUCUAUACAAUUAAAAUUAGUAUUAACAAGUAUCAGAAUUUUUAUGCUCAUAGCUGCUAUAUUGAUGGCAGUCAAAAUAUGAAAAUAACCUAAAUUUUCUUUUUAUUUUUUCUUUUUGGUUUUUUGAGACAGGGUUUCUCUGUGUAGCUUUGUGCCUUUACUGGAUCACGCUCUGUAGACCAGGCUGGCCUUGAACUUACAGAGAUCCGCCUGGCUCUGCCUCCCAAGUGCUGGGAUUAAAGGCGUGCGCCACCACCGCCUGGCUGAAAAUGUAACAAAGUUUCAUUUGUUGAUGACAAGCUUGGGGCUUCAAGAAGACAAAGUGCUAAAUGAAUAAAGAAAAUAGCAAUGGCUAAAGGAUUAUACACUUAUAAAGGACUCACAGUCAGUGCUUUAUUGGCCAUGAAACUGCAUAUAGUAACAACUUGUGCUGUGUUACCUCACUUCUUAGUCCCACCUGAUUUUCUGAUUUUCAUCUUUAAUGCACUCUCAGUUGUCAAGGUGAUGUGAGCUCCAGGCAUCUUGUCUAUACCACAGGUGGCAAAUGAAAAUUAAGGGCAGCAAGAAGACAGAAUCUAGUGAAAGCAAUCUCUUUCAGAGGGUUUUCCCAACAUUUAUUUAGUUAGGUGGAGAACUAUGAAACAUCAAGCUUUUUGUAGCAAGAGUUAGUAUGGAGAUGAGAUGCAAUUGAGCUAUUGAAAUUUGUAAAAAUGCAAAAUUUUGCUUUAUUUCAAUGUAAUGAGAGCUUUCUGCUAGUGAUUCAUACUACAUGAAAAGGUAAAAGUGAGGUUAAGAAACAGACUGAUUUGUUUUAAAUUAAAUAAUGACAAUAAAUUAUAGUCUAACAAAUAUGUUAUAUGCUUAGACAAUAACUCAUCUGUUUGUUUUCUUAUCAAAUAACCUUUCUUAAAUGGUAACACAUUCAUUUUUACAUUGGAGGAUGUGCUUAAACAUUUAACAUUUUAAUGUGUCAGUCUUUAUAUGUUUAAUGUAUGAUAUAAUUUAUGUAGCAUUACUUUAUUACAUUUUAUAUGUAUUCAUAUAUUUUAAAUAUUUAUUCACAUGUCAGUUUCCUUAAUGAAAUCAAGAGUUUUUUUAGAUUUAAAUGAGCAAUAACCUCUGUAAUUCUAUAAUCCAAAGUAGUAAAAGAUAACACAAGAUAAUGAUCUCUGUUUGUUUCCUGCAUGACAGGAAUAUUGUCACAUUGCUGACAAUAAAAAUUCUCAUUUCACAGAUCUGGACAAGGCCUAAUAAUGAGCUUGAAAUAAACUCCUAUGUUAUGGUCACCAUCUACACACACAGAACAAGAACUAUAUGUUUCUGUCCCUUUCUUCACUACAUUACUUCUCUUUUUUCAUGAUUGAUUCCUUCCUUGUUUGCAUUUUCAGUUAGAAAAUAUUUACUUCUUUAUUAAUUGAAAAUAGAUUAUUCUCUCACACAAUACAUUCUAAUCAGAGUUUCUCCUUCCUCCACUCCUAUAACCUGUCCACCUCCCCUCUUCCCCAGAUCUACUUCCCCUCUUUUGUUUCCUCUUUCGGAAAAAGCAGACCUCCAAGAGAGAAUAUACAAACAUGACCAAACAAGAUACAGUAAAAUUCAAAACAAAGCAAAACCUUCACAUUGAGGCUGCAAAAGGCAAGGCAAUAGCAGGAAAAGAGUCUCAAGCACAAGAAAAAUUCAAAAUGAUACCUGCUACCUCUGUUAGGAUUCCCAUAUAACACUAAGCUAACAGUUAUAUAUGCAGAGUGCCUGGUGCAGACCCAUGUAAACCCCAUAAUUGCUAUUUGAGUCUCUGUGAAUUUGUGGUCAUCCAUGUAAUGUAAGGCAUGGGUCCCCUCCCAUGGUAUAGGCCUAAAGUUAAACGAAUCAUUGGUUGGACCCUCUCACAUGUUUUUGCAUAUCUUGCAGGCAAGACAGUAUAAUUGGCGGGUUUGGUAGCUGGGUUGGUGUCCAGAUUGCUCUUUCUGUAACCUCUAGAGUAUCUUGUGUCAAGGAGACUAGAACAUAGGCAUGAAAGCUCCAAGGCUGCACCUGUGCAACCUCUGUACAUUCAGUGAGCCGUGUGGAAGUUAUCUUGGGAAUUGAGUCCAUGCUGUCAUUUUUCAGAGAGCAACCUCUCCUGGCCUUAGUCUGGAUCAUUUAGGGAUCUUUAGAAAUCAGCCAACAACUUCACUUUACGAAACCAGGUACCACCAUUACUAGUAGUCCUCACUAGAUUCACCCUCACCAAUUCCUGGAAGUUACCAGUGCGCUAGGUUUCCACAUUAACCCUUAAUUGCCCCCCUAAUUCCAUGUGUCUGUCUCUGCACUGUUUCUCCAUAUACACACCUGAUCCCUCUUGUUUCUGCUCUCAUUCACUACCAAGCCCACCCACAGAAUCUAUUAUAUUUACCCUUUCUAGAAUCCAUAAUUCACUCCUAUAGCUCUCCUCUAUACUGAACUUUUCUGUGUUUGUUGACUGAAGCUUGAUUAACAUUUACCUAAUAGCUAAUAACUAUGUAUUAGUGAAUACAUACUACAUUUGUCUUUCCAGUUCUGGAUUAGGUUAACUCACUCAAAAUGAUUUUAGUCUAGUUGUAUCCAUUUGCCUAUAAAUGUCAUGAUGUCCUUAUUUUUAACAGCGAAUUAAUACUCCAUUGUGUAAAUAUACCACAUUUUCUUCAUCCAUUCCUUGUUUGAGAGAUGUCUAGGUUGUUUCCAGGUUGUGGCUAUUAUAAAUAGAACUACUGUGAAAAUAGUUGACCAAGUGUUCUUGUGGUAUGACUGAGCAUCCUUUGGGUGUAUGUCCAAGAGUGUUAUAGCUGGGUCUUGAGGUAGAUUGAUUCUGAGUAACUGCCAUAUUGAUUUUCAUAGGGUUGUAAAAGUCUACUCCCAUCAACAAUGGUAGAGUUGCUCCAAAUUCUCACCAACAUGAGCUGUCACUUGUGUUAUUGCUCUUAGCUAGUCUGAUGGGUGUGAGAUCAAAUCUCAGAGUUGUUUUGAUUUGUAUUUCCCUAAGGGCUAACAGUGUUGAACAUUUCUUUAAGUUUUUCUUAUUUUUUCUUUUUUUAUUCAGAAAAUUUAUUUGUUUUACAUUCCAACCAGAGAACCUCCUCCCCUCCCUCUUCCCAACCCCCAGCCUUUCCUCUCAAAGCCACCCUCCAUCCCCACCUCCUCAAAGGCAAGACCUACCUUGGGGAGACCGCAGAACCUGACAUACUCAUUUGAGGCAGGUCCAAGCUCCUCCUCCUGCAUUAAGGCAGUGUGAGGUGUCCCACCAUAGGCAGUGGACUCCAAAAAGCCCACUCAUGCACCAGGAAUGGAUGCUGACCCCACUGGCAGGGGACCCUGUAAGCAGAUCAAGCUAUACAACUGUCUUGCCUAUGUACAAGGCCUAGUCCAGUCCCAUGAAGGCUCUACAGCUAUUGGUCCACAGUUCAUGAGUUCUUACUACUUUGGUUUAGUUAUCUUUGUAUGUUUCCCCCUCAUGAUCUUGAUGCCCUUUGCUUAUAGAAUCUCUCUUCUCUCUCUUAUACUGGACCCCUGGAACUUGGUCGGCCUGGUGCUUGGCUGUGGUUCUCUGCAUCUGCUUCCAUUGGUUACUGGAUGAAGGCUCUAUGAUGACAGGGUAUUCAUCAUAUCAUACUGAUUGGUUGCAGUGACUGUGAAAUUAAUAAUUGAUGGGGGAAGUUUCUUCCACUGAGGCAAGUAAGGCCAAAAACACUGGGCCACGCCUUAAGGA